CCGAACCAAACAAAUUUUUCAUCCGGUUCACGUCCCUGGUUAUAAGUAUUCGAAAUUUAGUAUCUGAAUGGAAACUCAAGAGAAAAAAAUAAAUUUUUCAGCUGGCACACUUAUUUAUCGAUAGGUGGAUGGUGCUAAAAACGGAUUGGUCCACACUCGUAUAAUGCGUUGACAAAUCGGUAAGUGGACAAACAAAGUUUAACCUAGUUAUCAAGGCGAACGUUUUCAAAUUUUAAUCAAUUACACAGGACCACAAAGAAAUCUAUGAAAGGUUAAUUAAUCCAGACCUGGGGGUCAGUUCUCGUUCUGUGAAACGGUAAGUUAUUUUUUUAAUGUUUUGUUUUAAUACCUACAAACAGACUUCAUACUCGCACAAAAUAUAGUGCGAUAAGGCAGGCAGCGCAGAGAAGUGGUAUAAACGGUUUGAGCCGGGCCAAAGUACUGUCACCGCUGGAAGAGCGCAUAAUUAAGAUUACAACUGUGCAGGCAGUCGAUGGUGAUGAAACGGGCGAAGUGGGCUUUGAAGCACUCGACAUGGCAGAAGCUUCUCACAAUCUCGCUGACAUUGUGGAGGAGACAUUCGAAGUUGUUGUGGCUGAAUGCGAGUUAGAUGGUACUGCAGCCGCAACCACAUUGGAAGAUGCAACUACGUGUCCAAUGAUGGGGGCGAGCACCUCAACUGCUGCAGCAAUAAGAGGCAGCACAGCAGCAGCUCGUUCGAGAGGGCGAAAAAGAAAGGCGCAAGUAGAAAACCCUCAGUUAGAAAAAUUGUUUAGGCUAGAGGAAAUCAAGGUUCAUCAGAGUCUUCCAAAUAAAUUUCAUCGAAUGGCACGAAUCAAGUAGUUGUGUAAAACCAGGCAAGCGUUGAUUAUGAGGCCUGCUUUUGGUGGACUGUAGAAAAGGGCUCUUUCCUUCGACAGACAGCGAAAUCUGCUUUUUAGUAAGCUAAUGCAUCUUUCUACAUGUUGCAGAUUAAGACUAAUGAAACGACAGUUACUUUUGUAUGUUCAAAAACGUGUCAAAAUUUGUACGCACUUUUUAAUUCUGUAAGCGCAACUCUGAUUUUAAUAUUGAACGACGUUCUAGAGUUUUCGAUAAACUGAAAACUUGCUCAUUGUCAUAGUAAAGCUGUUGUAAGAGGACGAAUAAGUAAGACAAGAGGAAAUAAUGUAAUUUAAAAUGGUAUUAAACUUAAUAUAUUUUACAGAUAUUUAAACGAUUUAUGUAACUUUGAUUUCGCAAAUUUAAACUAUUUGAAUAAACGUCAGAUGUUUUGAUAUAUUCGCCUGUUUUCUUACACGGAGCGACAACAUUUUUUAAUAUUUAUUCCGAGAACCGCUGUUCCGCCAUUUACGCUUUAUGGAAAAUUACAAUUUACGAAGCCGCAAAACUUCAAUGGAUUCAUCAAAUUUACCGGGAGAUAAAGGAGAGAUGGACUCCCACAGCGAUGAUGAAGGCGACGUCACUGUAGUCGCACCUGGUGCGGAAAUGAACGAGCUUCGG